CCAGCUAUAUUUUUUAACGACGGUUUUUUAUUACUUUCUGAGGAGCUGGGGUUUUGCAGUGUUUUUUUCGGACGGGUGGUGUUUACAGGCUUUUAUCCGGGUCGUUCAGUAUCUUUAUAGUUUCGGCCAGAGACUCGCCGGCAGCGAGCCGUUAGCGCAUGCGCCGCGUGAACCCCGAUUCAAACAGGUGGCGGAUUCGAAACGGCCAGUGAGUGACCACUGACCACCCUGCCUUGUAAAUGAGGUGACAGCUUAUUUGACUACCACUGAAUGUUGACCAAGAUCUAUUUUUACUGCAAUGAUGCCCUCAAAAAAAUUUGUCCUUAAGUGUGGGAACUUUGCAAUUCUGGUGGAUCUUCACAUUUUGCCUCUAGGAGCAAGUAAAGACACCAGCUGGUUUACUGAACACCACAAGGAGGAGAUUAGUGCACUUGUAAAAGAAACUGUGGAUUUCAGGAUAAAACAGUACCUUGAAUUGAGAAAACAGCGUGGUACCAUGCAAUCUAAACUAAGCAAAGAAUUGACACCCAGUAACCCAUUGUGUCUUAAAGGGCAAAAUUUUCGUCUUGCUGCUUACUUUAUGAAGAGGCAUAUGAACUUGAGAUGUGUCACACAGCAGAAUUAUUGUGGACUUCAUAUAUUCCCUGAUCGUUUUGUGGUUUGUAUAACGCCAUGUGAAACUGGUCUAAAAAGAGGAAUUGCUGAGGAGCAGAUUGCUGGUAUUGAGAAUGGAACCUCAGAAUACUUCACUGGUUGUUCAGAAAUGAAAGAGCUUUGUGAUGUCUCUGUUUCAACACAGAAGAAAAAAGAAGCUUUGAAACACAUUGUUGAAAAGUCUUGUAACACAAAAAUCGGAAACUUCAACAAAUCUGAAGCAAACGCUUGCUUGCCAAAAAUGUUGCACACUGUAACAGAAGAUGAGCAGGAUGUAGUCCAAUCUGCUACAGGUUUCAGGCAAGAGACUCAAGAUAUAAAUACUGGAAGAACAGAACAUUGUAUGAACUCAGUUCAAAGCAAGUUAUUACUUCCUGUCAUAAAAUUGGAAAAAUAUAUUAACAAGAGUCAGCCAGCUCAAGAGAAUGGCCAGCAACAACCUCAAUCUAUUGAACAGUUGGAGACAGGUUUGAAAGGCACAGUGGGCGAUAGUGAGUCAACAGUGCAGGAUUGUAAACAAAAUGAAGUAAACACAAAAAUACCAAUGCGACGAAGGAGAGACUCCUGUCCAAAUGAAGCAGAUGGUGCCAAGAAGAUCGUUUUAACAGAGACUUCAGAUAAUCUUGGUGAGAUUACAGUGGGAGUGAAUUCUCUUGAGUCUCUAAGAAAACGACCUGUGAGAAAAAAGCUUUUAAACCAUAAUUCCAAUCGUAAAAGGUCAGUCGAAGGUAAACCCAACAAUCUUGACCUCCCAAAAGAAAUUGUAGGUGGGCCCUUAUUUUCAUUAGGCAAUUCUCCCCAAGAUUUUUGCUUCAUGGAUAAAAAUAAAAAGAGAAGAUUAACAAGAACCAAAUUGAUGAGAAAGUCAGAGAAAAUGCCUUCAAGUCCUGAUUACAAAAAUGUGAAUUCAGCAAGGGGUACAGCAUUGGUAGAAGUCGAAUCUGAUGUAGAAAAUGUGCCAAGAAAAUCAAGACUUCGAUGGCCUAAAAAGACUGUAACUGCCAGGAAUCAAGUUGUCGUGUGACAGUAAUUAAUUGUUGCCUUUGGAGUGUUUGGAUAUGAUAGUGCAUAAAUGAGGUCAUUUUAUAAAAGCACAUCACUUUCAAAGUAAUUAAGAUGCCAGUGGCUUUGCAUAUUCUGUGCUCAGACUUGUAAUUUAAUAUUAAGUUCACUCCAAAUAAUAACGUCUUUUAAUUUGCUCUCUUUAUAACCUUGGCUGACAAUAUGAUUGCUCAGUUUCUUGGUACUUUUGGAUUCGGUGUUAAUCCUAUUAAUAACUUAGUUUACAAAUGAAGGAUUCCAAUGAAUUUUUUAAAAUUUAUUUUAAAAUGACUCUUUCCAGUCUUAGUGAUCUUUGUAUAAUUUCAAUUCUUAAACUGU